AUGAUCUUCAAAAUUAUGUUUUUGCUAGCCCUAAUGGGGUUUCUCCCGUUUGUGGCUGCAUCUCCAAAGAAGCAUCAUAACCAGGAUGGGGACAAACACUCAGAAAUAUCUUCUGCCUCUACACACUCGUCGCCUUUAUCGUCAGUGUCAGCACCGCCACUUCGAAGUUAUCACACUUCGAAUCCACACACGCCGUUUAUUGGAAUACCCAGUACCACUGGUGCUCUGACUGCUUCUUCAAUUGGAACUGGAAUAUCGAGUGGUGGUGUAAUUCCUGGAGCAACAAACCAUCCAGCCGAUGGGACGCUGCACCAUCCCGAGCCAGCUCCAUAUGAUCCAGCAGGUGGUGUGGGCACAAACGGAAGCACACCAUUUUAUAAUACGAAGAGCGAUUUCGACUACGAGUCCUUGACACUGGCUCUGUAUCAAGAAUGGACUGAGCUCGACCUUUUCCGAGAUGCCCUUCGCCGCUUCUCCAAGGAAGACUUCAAAUCUGCCGGUCUUACCGAUACAGAUCGCGAGCUGAUUGCUUUCAUGGCGCAGCAGGAAAUCGGGCAUGCAACUAUGCUCAGCAAUAUCCUAGGAGCCCAUGCACCACAACAAUGCUCCUAUGUCUACCCUUACACCAAUGUCAACGAAUUCAUUGACUUCGCUCAAAAGCUCACACGUUUUGGAGAAGCUGGAGUCUAUGGGUUCUUGGCUCAUCUUGACUCGCGCGAGGCUGCUACAUUGCUCACUCAGUCUAUCACCACUGAAGCACGACAGCAGUUGAUCUUCCGCCAAUUUGAGGGACUUUUUCCUAUGGUCGAAUGGUUUGAAGUCGGUAUACCACAGUCUUGGGCUUGGACGCUGUUGGCGCCUUUCAUCAGCUCCUGUCCCGAGAACCAAACUCGGUUGGUAUGGCAGAACUUCCCGGCGCUGACGAUCGUCAAUCAACCCAAUCCAUAUAUUGUGGGUAAUUCCUCCUCUGGGUUGAAUGAAACGGCCGGGUUUAAUCAGACUUCUGGCACCGGUCACAAUCCAAACUUGAAUACCACAUCUGGCAUGAGCCACAUCCGUGAGCCAGAAAGCAGCCAUACCAAGCCGCAGAAAGGUUCUGGAAAGCACAAAUUUCCUAGUUCGGGCAACUCCUCCACCUUCAACUCAGAAUGUGGCGUCUCUGUUAGCAAGCUUCGACCAAAACCGCUCUCAUUCCCUGGUCGCAAGGUGGUGUUGCAAUGGGAUACCCCUGGCAAGCAUAUUGGUCCCAAUAAUAGCUACGUGACAACCAAGCAAGCUGGCUUGGCAAAAUAUGUUGUCUGGGUUUCUCAGCUCAACAUCACUUAUACGCCUUUGCAUCCCGACAACACUUCCAACAACACCCGAGGUUGGACUUCUCAGCCUGGUUUGGAAACAUACCAAGGUGAUCCUGCUUUUAACGGAACCUUGUUUAUUGCAAUCACCGAUAGUGAUCCUUAUCUGAGCCCGUUUAACUUGAGUUUGAUUAAUAGCCAUGUCGUUGCCGGCCCUGCUUUGUACCAGGCUGGUUAA